AGUGUUUUGUCCCAGUUUAAUUUACAACUUUGGCUAACAUCUGUGGACCACACUAUUGAUACGUGGAUUGAUCAACGUAAACUGAUGACAGAUGGAAGCAUGAAGUGAGGCAUGCAGCUGUCUGCCACAACAUCUGGGCUUCACUGGCAGUUGGAUGUGUCCACCAAGUUAAGGUGUGUGGAGUCUAAGUGGCAGCGAGGUGGAAAUGCCUCCACUACAGCCACCGUUCUGUCGAUGCUUGGUGAAGAUGCGGAGUUCAUGGGUACAAUAACGGACAGGGCAGAACAGCGGUUUCUAAUGGAGGAUUUUAAAACUAAUUGCGUUGACACUAAAAACGUCAUAGUUUGUGAAGGAUCUGGUUGCCCUACAGCAACUGUUAUAAUUAACAAACAAACUGGAUCAAGGACCAUCCUGAAUUCAAGAAAUGGACUUCGUGAGAUGAGCUAUGCGGAUUUUCUCAGUGUGAAUUUGGAUCUCUAUAAGUGGAUUCACUUUGAGACGCGGCCCAACUGUCCAGAUGUGAUGACGAUGCUGAGUCGGGUGCUGGACCACAAUGCUAGGGUGGAGGACAAGAUCGUGACAUCUGUGGAAUUUGAGAACCCACAUCGCCCACAUCAUGAUGUUCUGUUCAACAUGGCGGACUAUAUGUUCGUCAGCAAGGAGUUUGCCCAGCAUUACGGCUACACGAACAUGGAGGAAGCAGUGGAGGGUCUCACACAUACAUGUCAACCAAGAAUAGCCAUCAUAUGUGCGUGGGGCGAAUGUGGGGCUGCUGGCAAACAGUCCACGUCAGAAACAGUUACCUCCCCUGCUCUGAAGCUUGACCAUGUGGUGGACACACUAGGAGCUGGGGACACUUUCAUUGCCGGGACACUGCACGCGCUGGCUAAAGGACGGUGUUUGAAGUCCGCUAUAGCAUUUGGAUGUAAGCUCUCUGGAUUCAAAUGUGGCAUGCGUGGAUUAAAAGGAAUCGAACAUUUGAAAAACAGUUCCCCCGUGUUAAGUAUCUUAAAAUGAACGAUGUGUUAUACAUGUAUGUAAUAGAUUAUGUAAUCUGGUGGUUAAUCUUUCAUUGUUGUACACAUGUGGGAAUUUUGCUUUUACAAUUAAACUCCACUGGUAUCUC